CGCGCGGCCGAUCUUUUUUGUGUCGGCUAACACCGUGAAGAUGGGCGCUGGAGGCGGCGCCACCCCCUAUCUGAAGAGGGACACCUUUGCCGGGCUGUGGAUGGCGGCGGCGUUCCUGGCGGCCUGCGGCAUCUGCCGCAAACCCCUCGCCGGCGAAGACGCCUACAUUUACAGGGGCGAAUUUGCAUUAUGCAGCGAUGAGUGCAGGAAGUUGUACAUCAAAUGGAAAAGGGCGUGCUCCCUGAAAUCCCGCAAGAAGGCCCCGUCGAAAAAGUCCGGCAGCAGCGGGGGCUCGUGCGGCGGGCCAGGCUGACCCAUUAGAUUAUACUAGCUCCUAGUGAUGUGCCAUACAUAUAUGUGGUACAAUCUCCACCAUAUCUAAACCGUCCGUCCAUAUAUACAAGCUACCAGUCUCGAAUAAUGGUCGGUUACAUCCUGUUUCA